CUGAAUUUAUGUUUGACAGCAUAAGAGACUAGAACGAUGGAAGGGAAACCCAUCGGAAGGAGUCGAGGUCGGGCUCGAUGUAUUCCAGGAGAUGACAAGCCAGCAAAGGCUCCUCGAAGUGCUUUUGGACGUCCUGCAGGUGGCCCUGCCUCAGUAGGCGCUCUUCCAGCAGAAUCAGUUUCCUUGGGUCAGAGAGGACUCCCAAUGAGUAUUGGACGUUCUGUAAGAGCACCAGCACCUUUUCACGUGCCUUUCAAACAGGGAGAGGUGCCCGAAGGACCCAAAUCGCUACCACCGCUGGAGGUAGCACUGCCUGGUCCCGGAGGUGAUGGUGGUGGGUGUGUGGGUAGAGGUUCCUUGAGAGGCAGGAGAAUCGUCAGUGGUGAAAUCAUCAACACUCGCCCAGAACAUGUUACCUUAUGUAAAAAAGGAAUUUCAGGGGAUGUCAUUAAUUUGACAACCAAUUACUACAAAAUCUUGGAGAAACCUGACUGGUGUCUGUACCAGUACAGAGUUGAUUUCAAACCGGAGGAAGAUCGCACGAUUGCAAGGAAGGGAUUGCUACGUCAGCAUCGUCAGGCACUGGGAUCGUACAUUUUUGAUGGAACAGUUCUGUACACUACCAACAGACUGACAGCACCUGAUCAGAAUAUGGUAGUGCAUUCACAACGUCUCAGUGACAACUGCAUCAUUGAAAUAACGAUCAGACUUGUUGGGGAUAUGACAAAAGGAGAUCCUCAUUACCUUCAAUUCUACAAUAUUUUGACAAGAAAGUGUCUGGAGUCUCUAAAUCUUCAACUAGUGGGGAGAAAUUAUUUCGAUCCACAAGACAAGGUGGAAAUAAGAGAGUACCAGUUUGAACUGUGGCCUGGUUAUAUCACAUCAAUUCGUCAACACGAACGUGAUGUUCUUAUGUGCGCUGAGAUCAAUCACAAGAUCAUGAGGCAGGAGACACUACUCCAUAUUUUGCAGGACAUCAGAGAGAGAAGUCCUGGAACUUACCAGAACACCUUCAAGUCAGAAGUUAUCGGUCUCACUAUUCUAACGAGUUACAAUAACAAGACCUAUCGCAUUGAUGACGUGGAUUUUCAACAGAGUCCUCAGAGUACAUUCUUUUCCAAAAAAGAUAAUGCACAAGUGAUGUAUAUGAACUACUAUAGUCAACGAUAUGGGAUUAACAUUAAGGUACCCACACAGCCACUUCUUGUGACACGUUCCUCAGGUCGUGAUCGUCGUGCUGGGCAAGAUGAAAUUAUUUAUUUAGUUCCUGAAUUGUGUAGAGCUACAGGUCUCACUGAUAAAAUGAGGAAUGAUUUUCGUUUGAUGUCUGCAUUAGCACAGCACACUAGGGUGACUCCACAGAGGCGUAUCGAUAAACUCCUCGCUUUUAAUCGUCGACUAAAUAGUACACCAGCAAUCCAAGAGGAAUUCAAAAAUUGGAACUUGACACUCGAUUCACAGCUCGUGAAACUUCAGGGACGACAUUUACCUAAUGAAAACAUUCAUUUUGGUGAUGCCAAAUUUGUGCAAGGCGGACCUGAGGCAGAUUGGACCAAAAGUAUCAGAGAUAACAGCCUGUUCAUUACAAAUCAGCUCAAGCAGUGGAUUGUGGUGGUACCAGAGAGAUCUGCACGUGAUGCUAGGAGUUUUGUUGCUGGAAUGGUGCGUUCUACUAAAAACUUCGCCAUAAGUGAGCCUCAGUACCUCGAGAUUCGCAAUGACAAAUCUGAUUCUUACACUGAUUGUCUCGAGAAGAUUUUGUGUAAAGUCAGUCCCCAGCUUGUCAUGUGUAUUCUCACUAAAAAUCGUGCUGACACAUAUUCAGCAAUAAAGAAAAAGCUGUGCAUUGAUCGUCCCGUUCCAAGCCAAGUCGUAACAGCUCGUUGCUUCAACCCCAAAGGAAUGAUGUCAAUAGCAACAAAAGUUGCUAUUCAAAUCAAUUGCAAAAUUGGAGGAAUACCCUGGACCAUUCAUAAUCCCCUGGGUGGAGUAAUGGUGGUUGGAUAUGACGCAUGCCAUGACACAAACAAACGAGAGACAGAUUUCGGUGCAAUGGUAGCUUCUCUGGAUAGAAAAUUGAGUCGAUAUUUCUCUGCAGUCUCAGCCCACAAAUCUGGAGAGGAAUUGUCCAGUCAUUUCGCUGCGAAUAUGGUGAAGGCUUUGGAGAAGUACAAGCAAGUGAACAAUGGUGCACUUCCCAGUCACAUUAUCGUGUACAGAGAUGGUGUUGGUGAGGGACAAGUUCCAUUCGUUGUGGAUCACGAGGUCAGCCAUGUAGAGGAAGCUAUCACCAAGUUCUACAAUAAUGUGCAGCCUGUUAAAUUGGGGUACAUCGUCGUAACCAAGAGGAUCAAUACGAGAUUUUUCCAGGGUACUAGGAACCCUUUGCCAGGCACAGUAGUCGAUGAUGUUGUGACUAAUCCCAUGAAGUACGAUUUCUUCCUGAUUUCACAGAGUGUCAAGCAAGGAACUGUUGCACCAACAUCUUACAGUGUCAUUUAUGACUCACUUCAGCUCACCCCAGACAAGCUCCAGCUGCUGACCUAUAAGAUGACUCACCUUUACUUCAACUGCAGCACUACCAUGAGAGUCCCAGCACCAGUGCAGUUUGCCCAUAAACUUGCCUUCUUGGUGUCCCAAUCAAUUCACGCAGCACCAACUAAUGAUCACCUUGCAAGUCUUCUCUACUUCCUGUAA